AUGGCGCUCGCCGUCCACCCACCACCACCUGGAGACGGCCCCAGACGCUCGACUCGCAUACGCGUCCGCCGUCAGACAACCCUCUCCCGAUCCUCCUACCUCCUUACGCACACCCAGACUGCCGUCACUCGCCGCCCCUCCAUCUCCCGCAGCCCCCAAGGCGCCGAUCCGUCUGUCAUCGUCGCCUCCUUCACCCGUCAGUCCAAAUCCGGCGUACAUGCCGCUUCCAAUCACCCGUCCCGUAAACGUCACUCAUACCACCACACCCGUAUUCGCGUGAGCAGUAGCGACACCAGCACAGCCUCCUCCUCGUCUUCUGGAAACAACAAAGUAUCGGCAAGGAAGCAGAUCUCUCUCCUCGUCCCCCAUCCGGACUCCGCCACUCCUGUUCUAGCAGGAACAAAGCGAAAGCGUUCUCAGAACCCCGCUGAUCCUGUAGAUCGCCUCGCGUACCAGCUUGUAUCUGUUGAUAAACAUGGAGACUCCGUAUUCCAGACACCCAGGCAGCUGCGCUACGCGAAGCGGCAGCGGCUUCUGACCUCCUUGUCCGACAAUGAAUCUCCUGCCGCCCGAGAACCUCCUGCCGGAAGGCAACGUGGGACGCAUCGUGCUACCACCGAGGGACGCCUGCUCUCCGCCAUUGCCCCCGCCACCCCUCGCCCAUCAGAAUCCCCUGCUUCGGAUGAGCGACUACGACCCGACCGUCCUCCCACCCCUCGUCCGAAGACACCUGCCCACCCUGUGCCCGAUGUCGUCCCAAAUACGGAAGUUGCGCCUCUCCCUGCACCUUCCUUCACGGAGCGCCCUGCUCACUCUGUGGCACCAAACACCGAGCCCGAAGAGGCCGCCGAGCCCACCAUCUGCCCAUUCCACCGCCUCAAGCUCCCCCACCGCGAGCGCAGGCCUGACACGGCCGAUACCGGUUUGUGGAAACUAGCGUGCCAGGAGCGUGUCGAGUACCUCAAGGACACGUACCGCGAGAUCUACGAGGCCGUCAUCCACGCAGAGGCGCUUACUGCGCAGCGGCUGUAUCCGCAAGCGCACAGCACUGCCUCCGACUCUGACGUCCCUCCAUCCCCGGUCGCUUCGUUCACCCUCUACACGCCCUCGUCGUGCGCCGCAGCGGCGCGUGUCGAUGCAGAUGGGGACACGGACAUGGACGCGGGAUACUCGAGCGACUGGGACUCGGACGAGGACGAGGAGGAGAAGUCCGAAGCCGAAGACGACGACGACCUCCUCUUCGACGCGCACGCGCAGACGCACGACGACGGCCUCCACCCCCUCGACGACGACGGCGGCGCGCACACCGGCUGGAGCCCCGGCGCACAGGCGUUCGGGGGGCCCCGCGCCUGCCGCGCCUCGCGACGGUGCCCGUUUGCGCUCCUUCCCCUUUCGCGCGCGAUGGGUUUUGCGUACCAGCCAUGGCUGCGCCAGGCGACGCCCGUGCAGGUCGCGAGUCCGCCGCAGGAGUUCUAUGCGCCGCACCCGCAGACGCAGACGCAGAUGCUCUACCCGGACAUGGGCCUGGGCUUCGACCCGAUGCAGAUGCAGAUAGAUGUGCAGGCCCCAGUGCCGGUACCGAUGCCCAUGCAGAUGCAGUACGCGCACGCGGAGUGCAUGCCGUGGCUCGACCCCGCGCUCCGCGCCGAGUCGUCCUCCCCGUCGCCGUCGCCCGCCCCGCCGACCCCCACGCCCGCGUACGCGCUCCCGCUGCAGCAGGACUUCGCCAUGGCGCUCCCGGACUACCCGUCCACGCCCGAGCUCGCCGCGUCCUCGUCCCCGUCUCCCGGCGCGUCGUUCUCGCUCUCGCCCCCUCUCUCACUUUCGCUCCCGCUCUCGCUCCCGUCGACGCCGGCGAGCCCGACGGGGUGCGCGUGGCACGCGAGCUUCCUCCAGUGCCUGCAGUCGCCGACGGGGUGCGCGCCGUGCUUCCCUCCCCCGUCCUCCAUCGCGUACGCCGGGCCCGCCAGCCCGACCCCGCAGCACUGUGCGCCGUUCGCGGCGCAGGCCCAGACGCUGGAGCUGGCGGAGUUCGCGCCGCCGCGGCUCGUCGAGGGGAGCGUCACGCUCGGGCACGCGCUCGGCUGA